AACGAUCGGGGAACGUACUCAGCGCGUGAGGAACGUGUGAGGAACGAACUAACAGGUAACGAUCGAGUAGCAUACAGCGUAACAAUCGAGUAACGUACGUCCCUCGAUCACGUCACGCAUGUCAACUGCAUAAAAAGGUUGCUGCAAGGACUACCCUGCAGGCUCCACCGCAUCCUCUACUGCAUCGACCUCUACUCUACAACCACAUGAUAUGAAAAAGAGAGCCAAGAAGACUCAGUUUUGUUUGGAUCCUGAAGAAGAACAGAUAAUGUGUGACUUUGUGAGAGAAAAUGACAUACUGUGGAAUGUAAAGAAGAAUGACUACAGACGUGUUGACAAGAAAACCAAAUUAUGGGAAGAUCAGGCUAAAAUUAUGGGAAAAACAGUGGAUCAUCUGCAAGGGUGGUUUCGCUCCCUGAGGGAUGCCCACACACGUCUUCAGAAGAAGAAGAGUGGGGAUGGAACGCCAGACUUCACAGAGAGAGAGCAAUGGAUAUUGCAAAGUUUCGAGUUCUUGAGGGCAGUUGUCAAACAUCGGCCAGAGCCAGUUAAGAGUGUCAAGGCAACAAUUGUGGCUCAUCGAGGCAACCUAGAAGCAGCCGAGGAGGCCUGCGCCGACCUUUCUGCAGAAAACGGAUCACCCUACCCAGGUUCCUCGUCCUCUUCCCAGCGAAAGGGGAGGUGUGGCCAGGAGGAGGACGACAUUCUCCUGUCCCUUCAAAAGAGGGUAAAGGAGUCGGGAGAGCUCCUGCAGGCUCUUGCAAACCCCAGGGAAUCCAUAACGGAAACUGCAGCAUUCGCCAAUUAUGUCAGGGACAGCCUCAUAACUAUGCCAAAGCGGAAGUUCAAGAAAGCCCGCACACAGAUCAACGCCAUAUUGACCCAUUUGAUGAGUGAAGACAGUGACGAGGAAGUGCAUACAAUCCGCACGAAUGCUGUGCCUGUUUCUGGUGUUGUGCAGCAUCCUUCAGCCCCACCCACAGCUUCCACAAGUUACAAAACACCAUCGGAGCUCUGUUAACCCCCUCCCCACAUGUGGACGCCUCAGCCUCCUGCAGCAUCGGUCUGGGGGUCACAGACGGCCGAUUAUGUCCAUCAGUAUCUCCAGCUGCCUCUAGAACCGCAAGUUCAGCAGAAGCAGUCUCAAGAUACCCAGCAGAGUCCCAGCGGAACGGCCACUAGCAGUCACAGUUUUGGUAACCUUUCAGGGCUGUCUGCGGUGCUUGACUUAUCUGGCCUUGAUGGUACAAGCAGCCCCAGUGAGCACCCUAGUGUGGAAAUCAGUACCCCUCAACACCUAUGAGAGAACUAGUGACAGUUUUGUGCCAUAGACAGUACUCAUAUUUGUCAUGUCAUCAGUUGUAAACGUUGCAGUUUUCAUUUCGUGUAUUUGUAGUCAUGUGGUCUGUUGUAGUACAAUGUGGCCUUUCGACUUAUUAGAAUUUGCUGUGCCAAUUUAUCAGUUGAGACUUAGACAUAGUUUGUCAGUUUGAAACUUCAUUGGAUAGUAAAAUUUUUGAACUGCA